GGUAACGUGCAAGAUAUCAGGAAGUAGGCAAAUAUUUCUUAUCGUCAUGGACAGGCUGGCACUUGGUAGAAGUAGGCUAUGGCUAAUUUAAGACAACUAUACAUUUUAUACAGUUUGCGUUUGACUAUUUAACCUUCAGGCCUAACAAUCUACAUGGGAAUUUUACGCUGUCAUUCAAAAUACGUGCUCUGAACAUGACAGUUCCUCACCUGCCAAUCCAAAAAUUCCUACGCAUUGCGUGUGAGAAAACAAAUAUUGCAUUAUAAAUUCAGUCAUCACUACCAAACAACAGGAUUGUAGAGCCUGCCAACAUGUCACUGUGUGAGACUGAAGGACCCUUGCUGCUGGACCUGAGCUGCCCUAUCUGUCUGCAACUCCUCUCUGACCCCAAGUCCCUGCCCUGCGGCCACGUCUACUGCUUGGCCUGCCUUGGGAAGUACAUGGACACUGGCAUGGCCAGCCACUUCUGCCCUGAGUGCCAGGUCGAGUUCCAGGUCUCCCAGGCCCUUGGGAAUAACUUCAAGAUGUGCAGCAUCACCGAGAGCUAUGAAGCCACCACUGCAGGAAAGGUCAGCUCCGUCACAGAUGGAGAUGGUGGUGAUUGCCACCAAGGGGUAGUGUCACCUGACCAGAGCAACGGUGAGACGUCUGAGUGUCUAUUAGACAUAGAGCAACAGGAGCCACAUCAUACAGGGAAGGAGGCAUCUGAGACAGGCUUGGGAGAUACGUCUGCAGUGUCCCCUACUCCUCAGAAGGAAGAACGGCUGGUGGAUGUAAGGACCGAGACGGAGACGGCGAUGAUGGACAAGUCUAAACUACUAUUAGCAUCUCAGGUAACGGAGCUGACGCUGAGGCUUCAGUUGGCUGAGGACCGACUGAGGGAGGAGGAGACGAGGGAGGCCGAGGUCAGGAUCACCAACGCCCUGUUGAGAAAAAGGGCGGCCAAGCUGCUAGAGCAGAUGACGGAGCUGACUCUCAACUAUGUUAGUGGGAUGACGGAGUUGAUCGAGAUGGAACUGCGUCCCAGUGAGGAGAGCAUGGGCGGACGUGUGUGCCAAGCCUCUGAGCUCAGGGAGAAGUUGAGAGAGGCCCAGCUUCGAGCCAAAUCACUCCUGACCGAGCAAGACAGUGGGGUGUUCAGUGACGGGCUUCAGGCGGAACAACCGCACAUCAUGAGGCUGAUGGUCCAGAAACCUCUAGAGGAGUUGGACAACAAGUCAAAAGUGAACCCGGGCCGUGCUUGCGCUGAGCUGGAACGGAGAAGUGCGGAGUUAAGGGCAGGAGUCGGGGCGGCUCAGCGCUCUCUGCACUGCGUCCUCAACCCCUCAGAGGUGACCUUUGACCUAGACACGGCCCACCCCAGCCUGGUCCUCUCAGAGGACCUGAAGACGGUGACCUUCAGCACCAAAAAGCAGCCCUACCCGGCCCUGCCAACGAGGUUCAGUAGCUUCCUCCAGGUUCUGAGCACUCAGAGCUUUUGGGGAGGCGAGCAUCGCUGGAAGGUGGAGCUGGACGGAUAUUCUCCGUGGAUAAUUGGGGUGUGCUACAACAAGGCGGUAGCACGCAGCGGGCUAACAAGCGCCCUGGAGAGCAGCCAGGGCUCCUGGUGCCUGAUGUGGUUCAACAACCUGCUGAGGGCCUUCGAGCAGAGCCAUGACAUCCCCCUGAAGAGAACCCUGGCAGUACACAGACUGGAGAUCACGUUGAGCUUUAAGACUCAGAGGCUGAGCUUCUAUAACAUCAGCCAAUGCAGUGGGAAGACUCACGUGUAUACCUUUAAGACAAACCUCACGGAGCCGGUGCAUCUGGCCUAUAGGAUGAUGUCAGGCCAACCGAAGGCACACAUAACAGUAUGCUCUUGAACUGUCAAUGGAACAAAAGAGAACCACAUACAAGAUUACAUUGACUCUUGUUUUUAUUAAUCCUGUAUUCAUAUCAAACUUUUUUGUUAUUUACAUGUAAUUGUGUUUCAAGUGUUUGUGGAGACAGAGGUGUUUUGGUCUGUGAAUGACAGUAAAGAGAAAGAGUUCUGGUUUAUAUCGAAUGACACAUUACCCUUUGGUAGCGUAGGCCUCAUUGAAAUGACCAAAUUAAUUGAUUUCAAAUCAAAUCAAAUCAAUGUAUAUAGCCCUUCGUACAUCAGCUGAUAUCUCAAAGUGCUGUACAGAAACCCAGCCUAAAACCCCAAACAGCAAGCAAUGCAGGUGUAGAAGCACGGUGGCUAGGAAAAACUCCCUAGAAAGGCCAAAACCUAGGAAGAAACCUAGAGAGGAACCAGGCUAUGUGGGGUGGCCAGUCCUCUUCUGGCUGUGCCGGGUGGAGGUUAUAACAGAACAUGGCCAAGAUGUUAAAAUAUUCAUAAAUGACCAGCAUGGUCCAAUAAUAAUAAGGCAGAACAGUUGAAACUGGAGCAGCAGCACGGCCAGGUGGACUGGGGACAGCAAGGAGUCAUCAUGUCAGGUAGUCCUGAGGCAUGGUCCUAGGGCUCAGGUCCUCCGAGAGAGAGAAAGAAAGAGAGAAUUAGAGAGAGCACACUUAAAUUCACACAGGACACCGAAUAGGACAGGAGAAGUACUCCAGAUAUAACAAACUGACCCUAGCCCCCCGACACAUAAACUACUGCAGCAUAAAUACUGGAGGCUGAGACAGGAGGGGUCAGGAGACACUGUGGCCCCAUCCGAGGACACUCCCGGACAGGGACAAACAGGAAGGAUAUAACCCCACCCACUUUACUAAAGCACAGCCCCCACACCACUAGAGGGAUAUCUUCAACCACAAACUUACCAUCCUGAGACAAGGCUGAGUAUAGCCCACAAAGAUCUCCGCCACGCCGCAACCCAAGGGAGGGGGGCGCCAACCCAGACAGGAUGACCACAUCAAUGACUCAACCCACUCAGGUGACGCACCCCUCCCAGGGACGGUAUGACAGAGCCCCAGUAAGCCAGUGACCCCUGUAAUAGGGUUAGAGGCAGAGAAUCCCAGUGGAAAGAGGGGAACCGGCCAGGCAGAGACAGCAAGAGCGGUUCGUUGAUUCCAGAGCCUUUCCGUUCACCUUCCCACUACUGGGCCAGACUACACUCAAUCAUAUGACCAGAGGAAGUCUUCUUCUACUGGCUUCUUCUACAGUCUUCUUCCACUUCUUCGACGCCAGGACAGCGGAGUCAAUCACCACCUUCCGGAGACA